GGUAUAUCUAGCUGCAGUCACACAACAUUGUUUUUCAGAUUUUUUUCACAUCACAAAUACCAAAAUAAUCCAAAAUAAUUACUAGAUCGAAGAGCAGUGAAAACUAGUGUCUUUGGCGCUCACAUUUCAAAGGAUCUCCACUCACCAAUAGAACGAACUGCUCCACGCAAGCACUGUACUAUGCAGAAGGUCAAGCCCGAUCCAGACUCCAGCGACAAGAAGGUGAAGCGACUGUACCACCAACGGUACCGACCCGAAUGGGAGAAAUUUCCCGCGUUCGCCAACUGGCUGGGUUCCGCCAAUGACGGAUACUCAGCCCAUUGCCGGAUCUGCGAUGUGAGUGUCCUGGCCCGACUGGCGUCUAUCAAACAGCAUCUCAUCACCCGGAAGCACCAGGACGGCGCUCGGUGCAAUGAUUUUCUGUCGCAGAACAUGAUCAAAGGCGACUCAGAUGCAGUGAAACAAAUGUGCAGGCCAAGUGCGGCCAAGAUCAAGGGGGAUCCCGAUGCACAGCAGCAUAUAGGUAGAUCCAGGGCUGGUAGCAAGCCGAAGGCGAAGCCCAAACCCAAGGCAAACGUUAAAGUGAAGCGGGAACUCAAGGUGGUGAAGCGCGAGCCUAGGAUUGAACGCGUAGAGGUAGUGGAGCAUGAUAUCGCCUCGAACGACUCCAUCCUGGACGAUCUACUCGGCAACGAGCCUAUGGUGAAUGUGCCGGAAGAAUAUGUUGUCGAAGCCGAGGCCGAGCUGAUGGACGAAAAUGUUUUGGAAGUAGAAAACGUCGAGGAUGCGUACGAAGAGUUGAUGCCGGAACUAAACGACGAUAACAUGUCUGAGGAUGUUAUAAUCAGCGAAUUCGAUCUGUUUGGCAAGAGCUUGGCUCUACAGCUAAAUAACAUGGACCUUGAGGAUGCGUUGCUCUGCCAGGAGCGCUUACAGGUGGUGCUUACAGAGUUCCGCCUGAAGAUUCUCAAGCGCAAGCGGGAGGCCACGCGCAGUUCUUAGGCAUAUAGAUUAAUUUAUAAUACGUUUUUUCUCUUAUGUACAUACAUAUA